AUGGACAAUGACGAAGCAGUCGGUGAUCAGAGAAAUGGCGCACGGCCUCAACAAUCGCCAGCAUUCGAUUUGCCACUUACUCCUAAUAAUGAACCUUUAAAAAAUGAUGCGACACAACCCACAAUACCUCUCAGGGAAGGAGAUGAUGUCGAUCUACAGUCAGAACGAACAAAUCUAAAAAUUUCAAAUGCAUCAAAAAUUAGAACAAGAGAGAAAACUAAUGUACAACCACCAAGAAGAACAACAACAACAAGUUCGGAUACAGGAAAAGAGGGAAAACAACCAUGUUUCCUACGGACAGCGGCCGUGAUCGUUAUCGUCCUCAGCAACAUAUGUUUUGUGAUAAUCGUUGUCGCUGCACUUCAUUUGAGCCGUACCGUCAAUUUCAUCGAUUCGUUAACGCCCGGACAAUGUACGUGA